AUGUCGUCGUCGUCGUCAAUAACCUCAUCACCACCGCUACCUGCUGUAGUAGGGCCCCAAUCACCAAAAGGCAUAACAAACGCGUGUACUAUUGUUGCUCUUAAUAACAACAAUCAUAAUGCUAUCUCUAGUUCAUCAAAUAACAGUUGUCAUAAUAACGAAAUGACUAAUAAUUAUGAAGCUUCAUUCUCAUCUUCAUUCUCCACAUCAACAAUGUUAGUAGAUCAACAAGGUCAAGAUGAAGUUGAUCAAUUGGAUAACGGUAGUCAUGAUAAACGUUUGCAUGAUAAAGUUAUAGAAACAAGAAGUCCGAAAGCAAUAGCAGAAAAAAUUCGAACAUUGAUUAAAACUUUUAAUGAAGAUAAAAAUCCUAAUUGGAAAUGGUAUAAAGACGUUGAAGAGAUAAUUUAUGUUGUAAUGGAACCAGAAAAAGAAGUAUUCGCGCAACAAAAUGUUAUGGAUGUUGGUAGUAUUCAAGAAUAUGAAAAAGUGGAAGUAUUAAGAGAUGAUGGAAUGAUCAACAGUAAUGAUAAUAGUAAUGCCAAUAUAAAUAAUAAUAGAAACAAUCAUAGUAAUGAUAACAGUAAUGAUAAUAGUAAGACUAAUAAAUUUCUUGAGAACUCUAACAAUAAAAGGAACAGACAAAGAUUCCAUGAAUUACCAUCGUCUUCUAAUAAAAACAAACCUAUUAGCAGUAAACCAAAUAAACGUAGAAAAGCAGUGAACAAGUCGUCAUCGUCAGUAAAAAUAUUGGCAAAAGCAAUUAGAGAACUCGCAGUUAGCAGGGAGAAGAUCUGGAAUCAGAAAUUAGCAUUGGAAAAUGAUAGGAAAAACAAAGAGUUCGAAUUGCAAAAACUUAAAACCGAAAUAGAAAGAUCUAAAUUGGAGUUUCAACGUGAAGAAUUGGAAAUAAUUCAUGAGCUUAAACUUAGAGAAUUGGAAGUGCGUAUAAAUUAUGACGAUGGAAGUAUUUUAUUAAGAUUUACUAAAUCGUCGGCAACACCAAAAUGUAACGAAAAUAUUUUAUUUUUAAGAUUAAUUUUAUCAAAUGGAGAUAUUAAAGAAUUAAAUAUUCAAUCUGAUAAAAUCAAUUAUUCAAAUUUUUGUGAAAAUUUAAAUGUUGUCGGAAAUGUAUUACCACCAUCAUCAACAUAUAUAAUAAGAGAUAGCAUAGUUAUUUAUGGAAUAACGAAUAAAUUAAUUUUAGUAAAAUACUUUUGUAAUCCUCCUGAUGUUAAUUUAACUUGUGGUUUAAUCCUUGAUUGGAAUGGUAAUGAUUUAGGAUCAAUAAAGUUUAAUAAUCAAAGUUGUACAGAUAGUAAUAUUGUUGCAAAUAUUGAUUCACAAUAUGGUGGAUUUUUAUGGGUAUGUUUUAUUGAAGAAAAUAAACAACUUUUAUGGACAAAAUACGAUUCCUUUGACGUAGUAAGUGGAAGUUCACCGAUAUUAGCAUCUGGUGUAUUACCAAAUAUUAAUGAAUUUAGUCCAAAUUUUACACAAAUAUUUCCAACUGAAGAUGGUGGAUAUGGAGUAGUAAUGGCUAAAUUUAAUCGUACAUCAGCAACAACCGACAUCCCACCUCCAUGGACAAUCGAUGUCACCUUCAUCCCACCGUCCACAUAUGGGAAUGAAACCGGUCCGUUUCUAAUUUAUUCUCAAAAUGUAGAGGCAAUUAAAAGAUUAAAUAUUUAUAGAUGUUCAAUAACCUAUUAUAAGUUAGGCUACAGUUGCAUAAUUUAUGUUGAGAGAAUAAGCGGAAAUGUUUACAUUGAUAUUCUUUUCGUAUCAUCCGGAAAAUUGAAACAAAAUGAGUUUAGUACAAAUCUAACGAAUGGAUUGAUAGUUUGGGAUAUCAAAUCGUUAUAUUAUGGAGGGUAUAUAAUAUUGACUGAACUGAAUGAAAUGGAUCAUGUUGUAAUUAAUGGAUUGAUUUUUAGUAAUGAUGGAACACCCUAUGAUGUUUGGAACUUUACCAAGAAUUAUCCAAGUUUAGAUUAUACAAGAGUAAUUGGUGUGCUGCCAAAUAAUACUUUAUGGGGUGUGGUCAAUGAAACCACAGUUAAUAAUGAUAAUAAUAGUUGGACAUUAACUUCAACUUUUGUAAAUUAUAGUACAAUUUUAGGUGGUGGUAGUAAUUCAGGCAUACCUGAAACUAGCGAUUAUGGACCUUCUUUUAUAUCUUCAACUUUUCCUACAAUAAAUUCAACCAUACCUUUAUCUUCGCUACCAUCACCAACAUUGAAUAUAACUUAUACUAUUCCGGUAAAUAUACUGCGUCAAACAAUAUCACCCAUCACAUCACCUGAUUAUUUCACUCUAUCAAAUAAUAAUCAAACUAUAAGUUUCAAUUUUAUUGCUAGCACGUUCAACAUACCAGAUCAACAAUAUUAUAUUACUGUUGAUAAUACUUUUGUUAAAGAUCGUCAAUACAAUCAAAAUGUGCUAGGAUCGUCAGAAGCCAUAAUAAGAUUAAAUAAAAAUGGCACAACAUAUUAUAGAUCAUCAUUAUUAUCAUCUAACAGUGAUAGAAAUUUUUUUUCAAAUGCUUUGUCAAAAGAAUUAGCUGCAAUAAUACCUUGUGAUCCUGAUAGAUUAACUGUUUCCACAAACUAUCAAUUUGAUCAUAAUGGAUUAGUUGAUCAAUUAGUUUUAUUAAAGAUUGAAGUUCAAGGCCUUGGAGAUGUAAUUAAUGAUAAUAAUAUUUUGGAUAAAUUAAGUUCCGAUGAUAUAAUAUAUAAUUUAGAUAUUUUAAUUCGUCAUAAAAAUAUCACCGGAAUUUCAAGAUCAACGAGUUCUAGUUUAUUAGAUGAAGAUUUUGGUACUUUGAGAAUACUAAUUGAUUUAGGAUUUGAUAUUGCCUUUGUAAUAUUACAUGGCGAAGAUUUAGAUUGGUUAUACCCUGCCAGUAUGGUAUUUUUAAUAUUUCCAAUUUGUUUAAACACCCUAUUCACAUUUUAUCUUGUCUCCAAUGAGACAGCACAUGAAACGAAUUUUGUAUUGUGGUGGAGGAGAAAUUCAAAAACUGCAUUACUUUGCACCUUAUUUUCUGGUGCUGAUAUUGAAUGUUUAAAUUUUAUUUCUUCGGGAUUUGCUAAUUUGGAGGCAUUAAGUGCCCCGAUAUCCCUGAAAACUAAAAGAAGAAUAUUUUGGAUACAAUUUAUUACUAUAUUUAUAGAGGAUUUACCUCAAUGUAUUGUAUUGGUUACAUUAAUAUCAAGCGUUUUAAUGUUGUUACUUAAAUCAAUAAAUAAUUUUUAUCUUAAAAAAAGACCAAAUGAAGACCUAACUAAUAAUAAUAUAAUAAGUUUACCUGACAUCGGUAGUCCAAUUCCACCAUUAUUUGAAAAUAAUCAUUCAUCAAAUGACGAAUAUGAAACACCAUAUGAAAUUGAGACCGAUAUAACGGGUGCUCCAAAGUUUCAAUUUAGGAAAGAUUUCGAUAUGCCGUCAACUAAACCUAUACUUGGUAGAAAAGUAGUAGGGAUAGUACAUCCGGAUGAAGAUGAUGAUACUCAUGGUGAAAUGUCAAAAGGUAAAAGUGCUGAUGUCGGUAGUGUUGUUGGUAGUAGUCUACAACAAAAAGCGGGGGAGGAAAAAGAAUCAUCAUCAUCACGUGGAGUAAAAAAAUACAAAGAAAAAAAUGCACAUUACUCUCAGUAA